CUAGAAAAGUGCAGUAAUGCAUGUUCAAAGUAGCGUAUAUAUACAUAAUAAGCACGGAGAUGUUGAGAGAGGAUAUCCUCAAGAGAGGGAUAUUUUGUUUUAAUCUUUCAUUCUCAAGUCCAGUCUAUCCAGAUUGUUCCCACUUGUCGUGAUCUCACGUCGAGGCAAUUAUUCUCUUCUUCCGACCUAGACGUACCCGCCCCAAUACACAAGCUCAAACGACGGUCUGUUCAGAAUGCUUCCAGACCCUUGCCGGGAGCAAGUCUCCCCCAAGGUACCGCUGGAGCCACUUGGAUCCCUGUCAUAUCUCAUAUCCGACGAAGUGCUGGGAGAAGACCCUACGGACGUACUCUACCUACGAGUCUCCAGGGAAUUUUACAAGUUUAUAGUCCCUCAAGUCUACCGCCAUCUCCAUCUACAUACCGGUAAUGUUUUCAGUGUCCUCUACCCUCUCGAUGAUUCGCUAGUAAAACGACGUUUAGAUGGUGAGCGUAAAGCCAAAGCACUCAAGAACGUCAAGGUUGUUACUCUUGAAGAGUUCUUCAGCGCCGCGCGUAUUGCUUGGUGGAGCGAACAGUGGAGUUUCCAAGUCAAUCCUCAUUGGCGAGAUGCGGUCCCUCGUUCUCCUGUACGAGCUUUCCCAGCAAUCGAGCACGUCCAUCUUGGCGAGAAUUUCAUUAACCCCGACAUUACACCGAAAUGGGACGCCAUCAUCGAUCAUACUUUUACUCGCCAACUUCCGUCCCCGUCAUUCUGUAAUGACGUCCCAAUUGACAAGAGCGACCACCCAGAUUUCUACUUUGAUCACUCAAUAUAUCUUGAUCAGUACAAAUCCCUUAUCCGGUUACUUGCCUCCAGACAAAACAUUCGUCUUCGACGCUUCACUUUUCACGUCCGUCUGACCAAGGAUCUUAAUGGGUAUCAGCCUUAUCUGUUCAACUUGGAUAAUGACAAAGUUGUACCAAUCUGGUACAUCUUUGAAGUCGAGGAAGAGGAGAAAUACUCUACUAUUGAUUUGAUGGACAGAAUUUUCAAGCGCUUUCUCCAAUACCCCAAAAUCCACCAAUUAAACAACCGGAUCAAGCUCAUUCUUCCCGACCGACCAGACCUUGAGAGCUCAUUAACCCAGCUUGGUCAACGACAAGGCGACCAUAAUCGAGCAAUUUUCCAAACAUUCCGAAACCAUGUACUCCCACUCACAGCCGACCGCGUGUGCCCUUGUAAGUCACCCGUCAUUCCCCGCAAUCCCAAGAAAGCACCUCCAAAGCACAUACAUAGGUGUAUGUUCGACAAUGAAGAUAAAGGUGACUCGCACGGAUACGGUAACGAGUUUGGCGCAGGAGUCUAUUUUACGGAUGACAGUCAGCCAGUGGUCAGUUAUGCGUCGUCAUGGGGAGGCGGGAGGACGGGCGCAACUUUUGGAGGGUUUGGAGGUGGGUAUGGAUUUAUGGGAAUGCGUGGCGGUUUUGGUGGAGGGUUUAAUUAAAGUUCUGGUGGGGAAAGUGGGAGAUUCUGGUCGAAAGAUGAUGUCAGAAAGGGGUACAGUGAUGAAUUUCAAGGGGCGCGCAUGGUUGUAGCAUCUGUAAAAUAAUUGUAAUAUAUCUGUUGUAUGUGAUGUAAUAGGACGACGUUGCCAUCAUCACCGGAAACUUUAUCAAGCAAUGUGCGAUAAAGUCAGGCCCCAGGAUAAGAAAUGGAUAACUCAUGAUCACGUUCAAAGCUAGCUUCGUGUCUAACCAGAUCGACGCAUAAAGGAAGUGCCCACCCAAGAAAAGUGGAUCAGGGGUAGUCAACAUUCAGUAAUGAGACCCACAUUGGUUUAGUCUUCGUCCUCCUUUCAUCCUUUCUUCUCUAUUAAGCGAAAGAUGUACUUUUGCAUCAAGUCAGUUCGGAGCUCAACUUCAGAGAAAGAAAGAAGGCCCACGCGAGCACUAUAAAAUUAUCCCCAGAAAUGAGCUCUCAAACUCCCCACUAUAUCCAUUCUCUCUCAACAGUCAACAGUCAAC